UUUUUGCAUUAAAUCAUAUCUGGAUGUUUGCUGAAAUUGAUUGGAUGUGGCACAGCCCCACCAAGAAAAAUGCCCACCAGCCGCCACUGUCUCUCUCUGAUGCUGAGGAUCAUAAUUCAGAGUAACAGCAGCAGCAAUAAUAGUAGUAGUGCGCCUUUAACCAGCGUGCGUGCGCACAUGCGUAAAGUGUAGUAGGUGUUUGCGCAUGGGCAUCUCCGAGCCUCUCUCUCUGCUCUGCUCUGCCGUCCUCUGCCGCUGGGUCGCUGAUGAUGCCGCUUCUACAGCUCUCUGUGCGGCUACAAACCGCAGUUACCGACACUGAAGUCGACUGAGACGCUGGAGACGAGAGGAGAGAAGAGGAGGCUGAAAUAUGAUGAUGAUGGAUCGUCCGAGUCGUCUCUCAUCGCGUGGACAGCUGUAACGCGUGGAUUCAUCAUCAAAGGGUCGACGUUAAGGGCUUCACUUUGUUUGACGUUCAGCCAGCGACAGAAUGAUCGAGGAAGGCAGUAAACGGGGCAAGGCCAUGGUGGAGAAGAGGCAGCUCUUCAUGGAAAUGAGAGCUCAAAACUUUGAUGUAAUCAGACUGUCGACUUACAGGACGGCCUGCAAACUCCGGUUUGUGCAGAAGAGAUGCAACCUUCAUCUGGUGGAUGUCUGGAACAUGAUCGAAGCGUUUCGUGACAACGGCCUCAACACGUUGGACCACAACGCUGAGAUCAAUGUGUCGCGGCUGGAGACCAUCCUGUCUUCCAUCUACUACCAGCUCAACAAGCGGCUGCCCACCACCCACCAGAUCAAUGUGGAGCAGUCCAUCGGGCUGCUGCUUAACUUCAUGGUGGCCACCUAUGACAGUGAAAGCCAUGGGAAGCUGACAGUUUUCUCAAUGAAAGCCAUGCUGUCAACAAUGUGUGGAGGGAAAAUUGUGGACAAACUACGCUAUAUUUUCUCACAGAUCUCUGACUCAAGUGGAGUCAUGAUGUUUGCAAAGUUCGAUCAGUUUCUCCGGGAGGUGCUGAAACUCCCCACAGCCGUGUUUGAGGGCCCUUCGUUUGGCUACACGGAGCAUUCGGUGCGGACGUGCUUCCCUCAGCAGAAGAAGAUUAUGCUGAACACGUUUUUGGAUGUGUUGAUGGCAGAUCCUCCCCCUCAAUGCCUCGUGUGGCUUCCGCUCAUGCACCGACUUGCUAAUGUUGAAAAUGUCUUCCAUCCGGUGGAAUGUUCAUAUUGCCGGAGCGAGAGCAUGAUGGGUUUCCGGUACCGGUGCCAACAGUGCCAUGGCUACCAGCUCUGCCAGAGCUGCUUCUGGCGUGGCCAUGCCAAUGGUCCCCAUAGCAACCAGCACCAGAUGAAGGAGCACUCAUCCUGGAAAUCUCCAGCCAAAAAGCUGAGCCACGCCAUCAGUAAAUCUCUAGGCUGCGUCCCCAUCGGAGAGCCGCCACAUCCUGUGUUCCCCGAGCAGGCUGAGAGACCGCAGGAACUCACCCAUACUGUUCAGCCGAAACCAGUGGCCAACAACAUGAACGACACAAUGCUCAUGUCCUCUGGGACACCUACUCCUACCAAAAGUGUCUUGGAGAGUCCCAGCCGGCUAGAUGAAGAGCACCGCCUCAUCGCUCGCUACGCUGCUCGCCUGGCAGCCGAGGCGGGCAACUCCACACAACAAUGUCCUCCAACAGAUCUGGGUUUCAACUUCGAUGCCAAUAAGCAACAGAGACAGCUGAUUGCAGAGCUGGAGAACAAAAACAGGGAGAUCCUCCAAGAGAUCCAGCGGCUGCGUCUGGAGCACGAGCAGGCCUCUCAGCCGACCCCAGAAAAAGCCCAGCAGAACCCCACUCUUCUGACUGAACUACGGCUCCUCAGACACAGGAAGGACGAGCUGGAGAGGCGCAUGUCGGCCCUGCAGGAGAGCAGACGGGAGCUGAUGGUGCAGCUGGAGGGACUCAUGAGGCUGCUAAAGGAUGAGGAGCAGAAGCAGGCUUCCCAGUCUGGAGGCUCCCCUCAUUCCUCCCCCAGUCACGGUGCGGGCUGCUCCAUGCCCAUGCCCAUACGCUCCACCUCGGCUGGUUCCACCCCAACUCACACACCACAGGAUUGCCUGGCAGGCGUGGGAGGGGACGUGCUUGAGGCCUUUGCUCAGGGUGUACCUAGAAAUCUUCGGAAUGAUCUAUUAGUUGCUGCUGACUCAAUCACAAACACCAUGUCGUCACUGGUGAAAGAGCUCCACUCAGUUGAUGACGUAGUAGUGGAAGAGGAGACCAACAUGAGGAACGGUGGGGACAGAGCUGAAGCAGAAUGAACAACAAAAAGCACAUUGAGAGUACAGAAGCACUGAGGACAACACCAUUCCACCCUGUAAGGACAUACAGUCAUCAACUGGGAAGAAUCAGUAACAACAACAACAACAACCCCUGGCAUUAGCACGUAGAGUAAUGCAUGCUGUAAUCUAACAGGAUUUCACUAUGUGAAAAAAACGUCUCUUCACACCUUGCAGGUAGCAAGAUGUGUCUAAUUAGCGAGUGUGUAUGUUGUCCUGUAAACAAAACCUGCUGUAAUUAAUUAAUGAUUUCCCUCAUGACUGCUAAGGAAUGGCUUGCUGUGCUUUCUCCCCCAACUGUUCCAUUGCAGCAGUUCAUUCUGUAUAUAAAAUACUGUAAACACAAAGGGGGACGCCCCGACAUGAAGGUGACAACAUGUUCCCUGUUAUUGCUUUUGUAUAAUUAGUAUUUGUUUUGUUUUUUUUUUGUUUUUUUUUAUCAUUUUUGCAUGAAGUUGCACUCAUGUCUGGAUUUAGGUACUGUACCAUGCUAUGCCAGCUCUCUGUGGGUUUAUGAUGACAGCUGGGGCGUCAGAAGUGUCUUGCCUCAGAAUUCACGCUGAGUGUGUUAACUUUCACGACCAUAUUCUGGAGUUUGUUAUUUAAAAAAAAAAAAAGUUUAAAGUUUGUAAAAGCAGAAUUCUGGAUAUGCUCCACUUUCAAUUAAUAAUAGUUUGACAUUUUGGGAAAUACACUUAUUCCCCUAUUUGCUGACAGUUGGAUGAGAUCGAUACCAUUCACUUUCUGGAGCCAGAAAAGGGUUAUGUUAGCUUAGCAUAAAGACUGGAAACGGGGGAAACAGCUAGCCUGGCUCUGCCGAAAUGUAUAAAAAGUGACUUCUUUGAGCCUUGCCGUCACCGUCAGGGUGCCAGAUAACCAGCAGAGACUCCAGGAAUUCACUGAGCUGGGCUUGUUUGAUUUCUUACCAAGAGCUAGAUGAUAUCUGUAAAUAAAUAUGAUGAAGAAUAUGAAGCUUCCACCAGCAGCCAUAUAUCGUAGCUUAGCAUAAAGACUGGAAACGGGGAAAACAGCCAGCUUUGCUCUGACCAGAGGUAACAAAAUCCACCUACCUCCACCUCUAAAGCUCACUAAAUAAAGGUGCAGUGUGUAGGAUUUGGCGACAUCUAGCGGUGGUGUUGCAUAUUGCAACCAAGUGAAACUUCUCCCAUAUGCCAAGCGUGUAGGAGAACUACAGUGGCUGACGCAAUAAUGCAAAUAGCCUUAUCUAGAGCCAGUGUUUGGUUUGUCCGUUCUGCCAAUAGAGCCCACUUAUUGCUACACACUGUUCCUUUAACGUUUUAUAUCUGGUUUGUUUAAUCUGUACAAAAACCAAAGUGUAAAAACAACAAGUUGUACUUUUACAGGAUGUUAAAUACUGGACUAUUUCUUGACUUGAGUCUUGUCGUUAAAGUGCGGUUGACAGGCAAAACCACAACUUGUUAUUUUUACGCUUUGUUUUUAGACAGAUUAAACAAAUGAGAUAUAGCCAGGCUAGCUCUUUCUCCGUUUCCAGUCUCUAUGCUAAGCUAAGCUAAUCGGCUGAUGGCUGCAGUUUCAUAUUUACUCCCAGACAUAAGAGUGGUAUUGAUGUUCUCAUCUAACUCUUGACAGUAAAUACACUUUCUCACAAAAUGUUGAACUAUUCCCUUAAUCAUUAAAGAAAUGAGUUGCAGCUAUCGUCAGGAGACACUUGUGUUUCCAUGAUAAUAUUCUUUCUAUGAAUGUGUGCAGGGAUAUCUGUUAUUACAGUAUGAAGACACACAUUAACAAGUUAUUCUCAUUCAGACCUUAACCAGGAAUAAUAGCUGGUAUCCAGAAUACAGUGUGCAUGUAAACACACUCACUGAGUCACGUACUGUACUGCUGCUACUGCGCUCUCAGUGAGCCACCCUUACAAACAAGAGGGCUGCGCGAUUAAAACUAAAAAAAAAAACCGAGGGGCUACUGUACUACAAACACAACAAUGAGCCGAGUCUCGUCGUUUCCUCCCUGUGAAAACUUCACUGAACACACCUGACUAGCUGGCAGCUUAAGUAUUUAUUGUUUCAAGUGUAGGGAAGCACCUCAGGAUGUUUAAAUAGUAAUGAAUUAGGCACUGAGUUUUAGUUAGACAAUGAACACUUGUACAGUAUGUGAGGAUGUAAGGUCGUAGGAAGCAAGUGCUUUGAUAGCUUUAUUAAGUUAAUAAAGGAAUAUUGAAAAUGUUUAUGUGCAAUGAAAGUAGGUGCUCAGGGACUGCUAGUUAAAACAUGGUGGUAAUGUCCUUUAACUGAUAGACGUCAUUGACCACAGACUGAGAGGUUAAAGGUCAACGAUGAUUAAAAAUGGAGGGUUUCAUUCUAAAAUACACCCCCGCUGUUAUUCACAGAUAAAACUUGUGAUCCCUGUCGUAAGGUUUAGUUGUCCUAAAGUAGUUCAGUUUAUUCUCAUUUCACCAGUCGAUUAGUCUCAUUUUGGAAUGAAACUCUUUAAUAAAUAACUAGAGGAAAACAACAGCAAGUGAUGAAAUGCUGGGUAAAGAAAGUGGAUCAGUAGAAGGAGAGAUGUUUUUCUGAAGUGCUAUUUGGUGAAGCAUGUUGGAUAUAGUUUGUCUGUGUGAAUUUGUGUCUUUCACGGAAAAGCGAAGCGAUUACAGAGGUAGCUGUCAACCAGAGAGGAUGUUCAUUUCCAUCUUUACAUUUUUGUCUUCUAGUUCAAUGUUUUUUGUCCUUCAGGGUUGCCAUUCAUCUCAGAAAAAUGAGCAAUGUUUGGUUUUUAGUCAAUGUGAUAAAGAUGUGGGAGCAGUUUUAGAGUGAUAAGCUCUCAAAGGAAGAAUAAUCGGACUGAAAAGCAUGAUGUUUUUUGUUUUGAGAUGUGUACAGUGAGCCUCUCCUAUAAGCUAAGUAUAAGGUUUCAACAACCUGUUACACUGUGUCAAGAAGAAGAACAAAAAGAGGCUCCUCUGUUAUCGACAUUUUAAAUGUGAUGUUUUUAUUCAGUUCUCUGUAUGUUAUCAUUAUUGUUUAGUAUUAGUGGAGUACAGUCAAUGUAAUGAGUUUGUCAAAAUGGAGAAUCAUGUGCACACUUAUGCCCAAAUAUAAAUUAAUACGAAGAAGAUGUAAAAACUGAAGUACCGUUGUUUAAAAUUCUGUGACCGCCGCUGUUGAAAGGUUUAGUCUAUUCAGUGGAAAAAGUCCAGAAAUGAUCAAAACUUAAAAAGUUACUGUCUUCCCCGUCAUUCUGCAUUUGAAUUCAAAAACGUUCGUUUUCAUUCUUUCAGUUUGUGCCUGUAGCUGUUCUGUAAAGUGCUGUAUAAAGUAACCAUUCAGCAAAUAAGAUGAUCUAUCAGCCUUUAUGUCUGUGACUUUGUAGAGAUUUUAUUUAUUUAUUUAACGUGUUCUGGGGGAAACUCAUGCUCAGCCUUUACAUUUGUGCCAAACUGUUUGCAGACAUUUGUGUGUGUCAUACAAAUUACAGGUAUAUAUCAAAGUAUAUCUGCGUUAGUAUGUUGUUGUUGCCCAUAGUUUAUUCACUUGAAUGCCUGGAGAUGUUAACGGUUUCCACCGCUGGAAAAAAACAUUUAAUAAAGACAGAACACACAUUCCAGAUCUCCUGAUAGACUCACUGAUGUCAUUAUAGCCAGUGUGGAGGCAAUACUGUCAGACACCCCGUCAGAAGAACUCGGGGUAACACCAAUAAAACACAGCCGGUCAUACCGAGGUGCAUCCAUUGUGAUCCUUUUAUUGUUUGCAGAGAGACAAUGUGCAAAGAGGACGACCUCGACGCCGACGCUCCCCUGAUGUUAUUUAUCUAUGUCUGUGUUCUGUACGGUUACGCUUCUGGUACACAUUUGUUUCUCAUGUUGAUUUUACAAAACAUAGUUUUAUGUCACAAAGCCACUGUCUUUUGUAAAUAAAUCAAAUGUGAGAUAUAUUAAAAAGAUUUAAAAUAUGG